CCAUUUGGGUGGAUUGAAUCAUCCAACCCCCACCCACCGCAUUUUCUGCACCACCGUCGCCGGAGUUCAGCUCAGGGUUUCGCAUGACGAGUACUUCUGAGCUUUUCUAUAACCGAAGAUCUCGCACGACCCGUGGCUCAGAGACAAGGCUAAGCCUGAACGGCUUUCCCUCCGAUAGAGACCGGUUUCCGAUCCGGCGAUCUUUCCUGCGACGCCGACGAAACCAUUUCGCUAACGGCGACGAUAUGGAGCCCUCGAUCCGACCUCGGGCGUUGUGGCGGACGGUACGUGCCCGUCUGCGCUCUUUCUGUAUGUGUGGUUGUUUCAGCAAGGGUCAUCAACCACGAAAUUCAAAUGACAACAAUCUCGGUGAUUCAGGCCUGAGCACCGGCAUCAAUAAUGGUUCAAUUGCCAGUGGUGGGAUCAAUACAACGUCGUCCUCAAGUAACGGACAGUUACCUGCUUCUGUCCUGCAGGCACGAGCACGGCUUCUUGAGAGACUUAGAGGCUUAUCCAUUCUACAAAAUAGGCAAGAUGACGCAGCUUCUAGUAUCCCUUGGGAUGAUGAGUACUGGGAGGUAGUGGUUGGAAGAAAUUCACUCGAGUCUGGCAGGCCGGUCUCCAGCACUUUGCGUCAGGCUCAAUCUCCUUUUGUUGGCAGAACAAGGGUUAACUCCCUACGGGGACCCAGACCAGCUGUGGGAUCCUCCAGCACCUCCCUGCAUGAACUUCGGAGAUUCGGUAACUUAAUAGAAUUUUUAGACCUUCGUGUUGGAGAAAGCCAUGGAUUUCCUCCCCCACAAUACUGGAUCAGGAGAUCUCCCGGACUUAGCAGCGAAGCCAUCCAUAACCUUCUUCAUGAAACUUUUCAAGAAGGUGAACAUGGUGAUGGUGGAAUGCAAAGUGAUUGUUCUGUAUGUCUGGAGAGUUUUCAGGAAGGAGAUGGCCUGCUUCGGUUACACUGUGGCCAUAGGUACCAUACUGCUUGCCUGGAGCCAUGGUUAAGCACCUGUGGUGAUUGCCCUUACUGUAGGGCAAGAAUAUAGGCCGGUUGAUUUUCGUAGCCGCAGCGGUGGCGGUGGAUGCCCGCCGCCGUGCCCGCCGGCACUUCAGUAAUGUUUUCUCCAUUCUAGUUUUGAAUUAGCUUUUUUAUAUAUUGUAUGUUUGUAACACCCAACGGGCACUUGAUAUUGUAGUAGAUAUAUUUUUUCUUUUUGUUGUAUAUGUUGGAAUGAUCUGUUUAAUCAUUCUAGUUUGAAGAAGGAAUGUUA